UCUUAAAUGUUCUUAGACUUUUUGUCCCUUAGUUCCUCUUUCUGCACCACAUCUGAUCAUCCACCUCCAUCUCCUCUAUCCCAGCAUCCUCCUCUGUCACACCAACCCUCUGCAUGUCCUCCUUCACUACAUCCAUGAACCUCCCCUGAGCUCCUCCUCUCCUCCUCCUGCCUCCACCCUGUCUCCUUUGUAGAUGUCCAAACCACGUCAGCCUCUGUCUUUGAGCAGUCCCUCUGAUGGACUCGUCCUGCUCAUGGCAAAUUAAUAUCUGAACACUUCCAGCAAAUACACUGAUCUGUCAUAUUUCAUCAUCUUUAACUGUUUUUGCAUAAAGUUUGUUGCAUGUAAACAUCUGAGUGCUUCAGUUCAAACUGAAGAAGCACCGACGGCGCUGACACCCUCACCAGUCUGCACCAGCCGGGGGCGCUGUCUCCUCAACUGUCACGGUGUUUUCUGUGACCCACAGUCCCUGAAUGCAGCAUGGGUAGGGCCUGCUCCUUCCUUGGUGUGACAGUUUCCGGUUUGUGAGCGCUGUGUGUAUUUGUGCGUAAACGCUCAAAGUUUGUAAGUAAACGUCACAAAAACUCUGAAAUCACAGCAGCUUCCGGGAUGAACGUGCUCAUGAGGAGGUGUUUCCGGCAGCGGGUGGUCACGUGGAGAGGUCUCCAUGUGGGGGCCCCGCUGACGACCUUCGAUGUGAGGAAGGUUGAGCUGACGCCGCUGGAGCAGCGCAAACUGACGUUCGAUUCCCACGCCAUGGUCACAGAGCUGCAGAGCAGCGGUUUCGAGAAGAACCAGGCGGAGUUGAUCGUCUCAGCUCUGGUCACUCUCGCCACGGCCAACAUGGAUGUCGUUUACAAAGACAUGGUGACCAAAUCCCAUCAGGAGAUCGCCCUGCAGCAGAUCAUGGCUCACCUGGACUCCGUCAGGAAGGACAUGGUGAUCCUGGAGAAGAGCGAGUUCGCUAACCUGCGAUCGGAGAACACGAAAAUGAAGCGAGAGCUGGAGCAGCUCCAGAACCGGCUGAAGGAGGAGAGCAAGAAAAUGAUGGCAGAAACCAAACUGGACAUCAACCUGGAGAGGAGCAGGGUCUCCGACAUGUUCACUGAGCAGGAGAAGAAGCUGAUGGAGGCCACGUCAGACUUUCAUCACAAGAGAUCCGAGCUGGAAAACGACAACAUGGAGAUCAACAGGAAGCUGGACCUGCAGGUGGCCUCGCUGAAGACGCUGCUGGAGUCCCUGAAACUGCAGACGAUCCGCUACCUGGCAGCCACCCUCUUCUCCUGCCUCGCCAUCGCUCUGGGACUCUACCGCCUCUGGAAGUGAACGAGUGACUCGUCUUCAUCCACCACACAAAGUAGUUCCAGAAGAAGAAAACUCUGAUAUUUCAUCUGAGCCCAACAGAGUGAAAAUACUCAGAAUCAGCAACAUGUACUCAGAGUAUCCAAAGUAGAAGUACUCAGUAUAUACGGCAUACUUUCUUUAUAUUUCAGAAGGAGCAGCACAGAGUAAAAGUACUUUGAAAGUACCCGAGUUACCAGCUGAUUGUACUGUUGCUGAGGUAGAACUUUAAAUGAAUGGACUCAAACACUAGUUUAAAUGUUUUUUAUAACCUGUCUUAAACACUUUUGUUAAUAAAGUUUACAUUUUGAGUUCAGAAACAUAAACUCUGACAUUUCUGGAGCCGCAGAAACAAAACCGUCAGCGUGAGUUUGUGUUGUCCUGCUCUGAGGUCUGACAGUGAAUAAAGCCUGGAAGAA